AAAUAAUUUCAAUUGUUCUCGGAACUGUUUUCAUCAACACAGUCAUUUUCUUAGAUUUUUGGGUUCAACGUGAAACAUGACUAGAGCUGAAGUUGAGAAUAUAGCAUCAAAUUCCACUUGAGAAAACAUUACAACAAAUUCAAAAUAAUCAGUCAAGAUUGAGCACUAAAAUACUAAGUUUGCAAAAAUGGCUGCUGAAUUCAUUGCCAAAGACAAUAUUUGUGGUCAGAACUUACUUCAAAUCGUAGCUGCUGGAAACGCUAUUAUAGCUGAGGUUUGCCGACUCAAAGACCACAUACCAGACGUAUUUCAGCUAAAGCCCAAUGUUUUGAAGAAAAGCAAGUAUGUGGACCUUAUCCACGAUUUCGGGUACUUUGAGAAAGUUGACGAGCUUGCCAAGAUGUUCACCAAUGAUACGAACUUGAAAGAGCUGGACGAUGUCUUUCGUGAUAAAUAUUUCGAAAUUCUAAAUCGAUUCUAUUUGGCCUUUGAAAGUAUCUACCAAUAUGCCAUAACGUUGAAUAGUUUUGUUAAGGAUCUGAGCAGUGGUGUCUACAUUCAACAAACGUUGGAGACAAUUUUUCAGGAUGUUGAAGGAAAGCAACUGUUGGUUGAAUCCGUGUAUCUAUAUGGUGUAGCCUUACUGGUAGUUGACUUUUACAUCCCUGAUCUUAUCAGAGAGCGUCUGAUCAUUUCGUAUCUUCGGUAUAAAAUGGAAGCGAGUAGGGAGAGCGCUAAUAUCGAAAAUGUUUGCAAAUUGUUGCGAUCAACAAAAUCAAAUGAUAAGAAAACGUCCGACUAUCCAGGAAAUUAUUUCAGGCGUACUCAACUUGACGAAACCCUAAUCGAAAUGGUUAUAGGCAAGCUACGAUCAGAUGACAUCUACAAUCAACUGUCCGUCUAUCCGAGACCCGAACACAGUUCAACUGCGUUAGCCAAUCAAGCAGCUAUGCUAUACGUCUGCCUGUAUUUCUCCACGAAAUUUCUUGAUAAAGAAUUCGCGUCGAUGCGCGGAAUUGUCGACAAAUUCUUCCCAGAUAAUUGGAUCGUGCCGAUUUAUAUGGGCAUCACGAUCAAUCUGAUGGAUUCUUGGGUGGCUCAUCCAGCUGCAUUGGAAGCAUUGAAAAACACAACCAAACCAACCAACAUCAAGGAAAUAGCAAACAAGCACUUCGAAAAAUUGCAGAACUGUUUGAAAUCUAGGAACGAUGCUAUGCUGGAAGAGAACAUUACGAAAAUUCUGGUUAUACUUCGCGAAUGGAAUAUCUCGUUUCGAUGGAUUAUGCUGCACACAUUCCCCUCGAAUAUUCAAUUCUCCAACACGGACUAUCAUUCCGAAUUCUACAAGCAAAUCAACGGCGCGAAUUUCAAAAGUAAUGAGAUUGUGGAAAUGCUGCUCGGUAUAAGUCAACUGGAGAAUAAGGUUCGAGAAAAUGUUUCGCAGUUGUUGGGUGCCAAGGAGAGCAAGUGGAAUGCGUUGAAGAGUGAAACGAUGGAACGAAUCAUUGAAUUGAGUGAAGUUUUUUCGGGACAGAAAGCGUUGCACAAGGUAAAGAAGAACGACAGCCUGAUGAAAUGGUUUGUCGACAUUGGCAAAGAGAUCGAACUGUUGUCAUUGGAUAAUCGUCAUGUAUCUGAACGAAAAAUGAUCCAACUGCGUAAGGUCCUCGAGGAGGUUGAGGAAUUUCAUAAUUUGGAUGCAAAUAUGCAGAUCAAGCAACAUCUGAUGGAGUGCCGGCAAUAUUUGGAAGAGAUGAUUACAAUCGUUAAAAUUAACGAGGACACACUCAUCAACAUCCAAUUGAUCGGCGACUUCAGUUAUGCUUUCAUAAACAUCAGCAAUUACACGGACAUCAUGCAAAAAUGGCUGAUUAAUUCGCCGAACAAUUCAGUAUUUCCGUUUCGAGAGGUUAUCCUUAAAUUGGCCAGUGCCUUAGAGGUGCCGUUGCUACGAAUCAAUCAAGCGCACAGCUACGACCUAGAAUCUGUAUCCGGUUAUUACAGCAACGAAUUGGUUAAAUUUAUGCGAACCUUCGUUCAAAUCAUUCCCCAAUACAUUUUCGAUUCGAUCAUCGACUAUUUUACCACGGAUACCAACGAAUUGCCGAGAACGUUGGCUGCCCGUAAACAGAUUGCUAGCUUGACGCUUAAAAUAUCUUCGCUGGCCGACAAUAUUCUUUCAAUGAACACAACUUUGGUCGGAACGGUAGAACUGAAUCCGAAACAGUUGCUUGAGGACAGUAUAAGGAAAGAAUUGGGAAAACAUUUGGAGAUUGUAUUCAAUGGAACUAUAUCGCAUAAGAGUGGACAUAUGAAGGAAAAUGAAUUGAAGUCUGCGUUGAAAGACAUUGCUAAAUCGAUCAAUAAGUAUCGUUGGUCGUUGGAUUACAUUCAAGAUUAUUUACACACAAAUGGAUUGAAGAUCUUUGAAGAGGAGCUUUAUCGUGUAAUUAACAAAUGUGUCCGGAAGGAGUACAUGGCAAUAUUAGAGUAUCCCAAGAACGAGAAGAUAUUACGAGUUCAAAAAGACAUAUCAUUAAGCUUCAUCGGUGACUUUGUCCGGAAGAUUCUAUCGUCGAUUGAAAACUCCUACUACAAUGAGCUUCGCAACGACUUUAAAAUCGGCUCCAAGGACGACGAUACUCUGAACUUGAAAUUCUUCACCAACAUUUCAAAGAUUAUUGGUCCAGCAUUUUUGCAGGGAAUGGAUAAAAUUAUCUGUCAUCUGUUGGUAGUCAACUUGCAGGCAUUUCUAGCAAUGUUCCAGAAAAACUCGACAAAUGAUGCAAAGUACAAGAAAAUAUUGGAUGAAUUCAAGGAUGGCGUACCAAACGUAUUCGGACCGGAUACCAAGAAUUAUUACGCAAACGUCAGUAAAUUCAACGAUAAUGUGGCAAGUCUUCGAUGUAUUUUGAAUGUGGGACAAUUGCAAAUAUUGCGCACAGAAAUUGCCUUUCAACUGAAUAAGAAUUGCCGAUUUUAUGCAAGGAACUAUGAGCACGCCUUGCGUACACUGAAUGACGCAAUUUUGUUGGAAAUAAAAGAACAUUCUCUCGAUGUAUCGAAACCACUGCCGACCUCCGAUACGCUCGGUCAACUAAACACAUAUCUGGAAUGUUGUGGCUUGUACAAUCCGAAUCAUAAAGUUUACGUCUCCACCACAAACACUCAAUACCACGGCGUCUACUUUUUCAUAUUCAUCAUCAACAGUUUGGACAAAAUCAAUAACAAUUUCAGUCCGGCUGCUGUUGACGAAAAGGCCUUCUAUCACGGCAUGAUUUGCCUACUCAGACAGUUCCAUCGGGAUGUGGUUAAAUUGGUAUUGGAGCAUCUGGCUCAGUACAUUAUGGUUCAUCUGAACGUUGAUCUUAGAUCAACGUCGUUGAAGAAACCGGCCAAGAAUGCUGUUGUCUUCUACCUCAUGCUGUCGAAAACAUUUAACAUUCAAAAUGAUUUACUGCCGGAUAUGAUUCACAGUCAGUUUAAAUAUUUAGGUCAAUUUUAUAGCGUCGAUGUUUAGUUUUUCAUAUAUUUUCUUGCAAAAAAAUUCACUCAAACUAAACUAAAUUCGGACAAUAAACGAAGAACUUUUUUCACCUACGAAAA